AUGGAUGCUCCCAAAACAGAAAUGGCUUCGUUGCUCGACAAUCUCGACUCAUAUAUUGCGGUUGAGAUCGUCAGUCUAGAAAAGCACAACUGGAUCCGAACAACAACUCAUUUGUACCCCCAGUCUCCACAGCUAUGCUAUGUACGAGUAUAUGUCUUGCCCGACGAUGUUGGCCGUAAGUUCGUUCCCCGCUCGAGUGCAGCUUUGAGAAGGGCACUCAAGACCGUUAUUUCUCGGGUCGACCCAUCUCCCGGGGUAUGGAAUGGAGAGCAAUUUUCCCAUGAGCGGGUUUCUCCUGUCGCUUCUGCGACCGCUGAGGAUGAGUCGCUCUGGUAUAUAUUUAACACUCUGCGGGACCCUAACCCCCAAGUGGAGACUAUGAAGAACCCGUAUGCCAAGCAGGCGAUGCAGGAUUUAUUAUCUGUUACCGUGUCUAAAGAUGCGGAGACAAAUGGCCAAAGCUAUGCUGGUGUCCCUGGGUUGAAGACGCCGCUGUACCCCUACCAGCGCCGCUCAGCAGCCGCUAUGAUCCAGCGAGAGGUGCAACCGGACCAGAUGCUAGACCCUCGACUCCAGGUGUGUACGAGCCCAACGGGCCAAGAAUACUACUACGACAAGGAAAAAGGCAGUGUUAUCAAGGAGAAGAAAAUGUACUCAGAAGCGUGUGGAGGCAUCCUCGCGGAAACCAUGGGUUGUGGGAAGACCUUGAUCUGUUUAGCUGUGGUACUAGCUACCCGCGGCCAUUUCCCGCAAAUCCCGCUCGAGUUUCAGGCUAUUAGGAACCCUGUUCGCCCUAAGACGGGUAGUCUUGUUGAAAUGGCGGCUGCAGCUGCAGGCCGGCUGUCUUUGCCUUGGAAAGCGCAUUUCGAUCGUCUCAGCGAGAUAGGAGAGUUUUACGACGGGUGCAUCAGAGCCUGCGAGACUCAUCGGGGCGAAUACACCAUUCCCCCAAUUGAGGGAAGGUACACUGGCCGGGCUAGUGUCGAUUACCCCCGGUUGAUCUCUCAGAAUAUUCGUCUUUGCUCGGGCACUUUGAUUAUCGCGCCCCCUAACCUUGUCGAUCACUGGCAGAGCGAGAUCGAGGCACACACGGAAGGACUUAGAGUGCUUAUUUUGCGGAACGGGACUGAUAAGAUCCCCCCGCCUGACGAUCUAUUCCUGUAUGACAUUGUGCUGUUUUCACGAACUCGAUUUGAAAAAGAGGUAGACGAGUUCGGCAACGAUGGAUCCUGGACUCACCGCAAAGACCCAUCAUCGCCUUUGACGAAACUUCGUUGGCUGCGCAUCAUCGUUGACGAAGGGCACAGUGUUGCCGGGCACGGCCACAGGACGAAUAUGAUACACCUCUUGGAUCAACUCCACGUGGAACGCCGAUGGGUGGUGUCUGGAACACCGUCUAAUGGACUGUACGGAGUCGAAGUCAGCUUAGCUUCGCAGGAAACACAUACGAGCGAUACGGACCUGACAGAAGCUACGACUGCAGCUUUGCGUGGUAGAAAGAAAACGGGCAAAGCUGUUGACAACGAGCUGAAAGAUCUUGACAAGUUACGGCUAAUCGUUGUGAAGAUUUUGAACCUCAAACCCUGGUCCAACUCUCACGGCGAUGACCCCGCUAACUGGACCAAAUAUAUCAAGCCUGUUGGAGAUGAUGGGAAACGACGCAAAGCUUCGUCUCUCCGGGCCACUUUGCAGAGUUUAGUUGUGCGGCAUAGACUAGAAGUGAUUCACAACGAGAUCCCUCUUCCAAGGCUGCAUAACAAGGUAGUCCAUCUGGAGCCCACGUUCUACGAUAAGCUGAGUCUCAACUUGUUCGUCUUCAUUUUGGCAGUCAAUGCCAUUACAUCCGAGAGACAAGAUCAAGACUACAUGUUCCACCCUCGCAACCGGAAGCAUCUUAGUCGCGUGAUCAGCAAUCUUCGACAGGCUGGCUUCUGGUGGGCCGGCUCCGAGGGCGAUCUCCAAGGCACCCUUGACGUGGCCGCAACGCACCUUGAGAAUAACCGAGAGCGCAUGACUCAAGAUGACAUUGCAACCAUUACGCAGGGGAUUAAGAUCGCGCAGGUAGCGCUCGCCUGUGGGAGCUGGCAUGGAUUCAAAAAGAUGCACGAGCUGGGUGUUUUCGUGUCUGGGUUUCCUUCUGAAGCUCGGAAUUUCUGGGCCCUGGAUCCAGCGCAGUCGCACCAUGAGCCGCUGCUCCUUGGCAUCUCACAGGCCCGUCUUGCCCAGAAAUUCGUGACCACGCAUUUGCAUACCUCCGAUCCAGCUGAAGGGCUAGCCGGCGCGGGAAUCAAGGUGCGCCACGAUCUAGCGGGGCGGGAGACCUCAGAUAAUUCCGCCGCCAGUCCUAAAAAGACAACCCCGGACAACCCCAUCAAGCGCAAGCUACCUAAAGAAUCCUUCUCUAAAGGCCUACACCGAGAGCUACCAGUCGAUUCUCCUCUCAUGCAAACAAAGCUCGUCGCCACGGCAUCCGCAAAGCUCACAUACCUACUGGAACAGGUCCAGGAACACCACAAGACGGAGAAAAUAAUCAUCUUCUACGACAAUAACAACUCCGCCUACUGGAUCGCGGAGGGCCUGGAGCUACUUGGCAUCGAUUUCCGCAUCUACGCAAACACCCUCAAGGCCGGCCUGCGCGAAGAAUACCUCACCCUAUUCCGCGAGUCAGCACAGGUCCGAGUUCUUCUGAUGGACCUCCGGCAGGCCUCGCACGGCCUGCACAUCGCACAGGCAUCCCGUGUAUUCAUCGUCAACCCAAUCUGGCAACCUAAUAUCGAAAGCCAAGCCAUCAAGCGCGCGCACCGCAUCGGACAGACACGGCCGGUGUUUGUCGAAACGCUUGUGUUAACGGACACCCUCGAAGACAGAAUGCUGCAGCGCAGAAAGGCCAUGUCCGACACGGAAAUCCAGAACGAUCUCCUCGACGACAGCACCAUGAAUUCCAUUAUCCAGCAUGAGCGGUUCAUUCCCAUGCCCAUGCCGGCCGACGGUGAAGCCUCCGACCCAACCCAGCUCGCGUUCCUCAGGACUCCCAUUGGGUUCUUUGACCGCCACCGCCUCCCAAUCCCAGACCACCACGACGACGCCAACACUCUCUCGGCACUGGACACAAACGACGACACCGGGAAAGCCCCUCGAACGCCAGAAAAGCGCAAGCACGUCGCCGCAAUCGCGCCUCUGUUCAUGAAUCCAUGCAGCGAUCCAGAUCUGUCCUCGGCAAAACGACGAAAGACGCGACUGCGGCUCCAAUUCCGCGACGAGAAUGGGAUAAUCAUGAAUUCGCCAAGGCAGGCCAUGAAAACACUCAUCAUUGGCCUCUCGGGCCCGUCCUCAAGUGGGAAGACGACUCUCGCUCGGCUUCUCCGCAGGGUAUUCUCGCCUAUCAAUACCAACGAGAACGAGAACGGAAUACCGAUUCGAUCCUUCAUCAUGCACGAAGACGACUUUUACCAUUCUGACGACAGGAUCCCCUACACAACGCUCGCAACCGGAUCCAUCAUCCAAGACUGGGACUGCGUGGACGCCAUCGACGUGAACUUGCUUGUAUCGGCGCUAUCGUAUACCAGGCUGCACGGCUCGCUGCCGGCUCGGUUGCAAUCCAAGGAGGAUUUGAAUGAAGCCAGGGACCCCGGAGUUGGCGAGGAGACGAUUUCAGCGCUUCGCGAGAGGGUGUGGGGGUCUUCUUUUGCUUCUCUUACUUCUACUGCUGCUGCUGCUGCUGCUGCUGCUGCUGCUGCUGCUGCUGCUUCUGAAGCUACAGCUGGAGCUGGAGCUAGAACAGCAACUACACAAGAUAAAACAACCCCCCGAGAAAGAACGGUAUUGGCAAUCCUUGAAGGAUUUCUCUUAUACAGUCCGCCUGAAUCCGAGGUUCCAGCGCAUGCCCUGCGCAACGUACAUGACCUCAUUGAUGUGCAUCUCUUCCUCCCCGCGCCUUAUAAGUUGGUCAAGGAGCGGAGGGAGAAGCGCAGCGGGUACGUGACUAUUGGAGCUGCGCCUGAGAUGACGGAAUUGCCGGACCGCUGUGGCAAGGCAGGAGAGGAACCGCGGAUUGAUCUUGAUGCCGAGGAUGAUCGGCCCGAGCAGAGUUUCUGGACUGAUCCGCCUGGGUAUGUCGAUGAUAUUGUGUGGCCGAGGUAUGUUCGGGAUCAUUCGUGGUUGCUGCUGGGCGAGGAAGACGGAGAGCGGUUGGUUACUGGUGUGGAGGAUCGCGAGUGGGUUGGCAAGGUUGGGCAGGGUGUCAAGAUGAGGACUGAUGCCGGGGUGACGAUUGCUCCGGGCCAAGGCAGCCUUCCGAUGGCUGAUCUCUUACAUUGGGCCGUUGAUGAGGUGUUGAAGCAUCUACAGCAGACCGAAUAG